GGCAACUGCAAAUUUUAAAGUACCUCCAAACAGAGAAGCAACAAUUACGGCAAAUCAGCUCGGCUGAAAGUGAAUUCCAUGCUAAAGCUAAAGGGAAUACAAGUGAAGUGUUAUCGACACACCAAAGCAAAAAAGUUAAAAAGAGUGUGUGUGCUUGAUAUUGCCAACCACACACGAUCCACAACCAAGCAACACAAAACAACAACCUCAACGCAAAUACAAAACAAAAACAAAAAAAACAAAAACUAUAAAAAGCAAUUUUCGUUAGUUCGCGACGUGAAAACCGUCAAAAUUACGCUCAGCAGCAAUUUAAUAACGUGCGGGGCUUGCAAUCAGAGCGAGGACAUAAUCAUGCUCAUAUCCUACAGAUGUAUCUACUCAGUGCUACUCACAACAAUAGCCAGCAUAAUGGUUGUGCUCAGCUCAGCUGCCCACAACAGCGGCCAGCUGCCCAUCCGCAAAUGCAGCGGAGGCAGCAGCUUGGCUGCUCGCACCAUGGCCAUGGAUUUGUCCAGCUAUGGACUGUUGGAGAACCGCAUUAGCACACUCGAGUCGCCACAACAGACGCACUGGAGCAAAAAGUUUCUGGCCAAGCGUGAGGCGCAAGCACAUUCGGCUCCAUACGUGGUCAGCAUUCAGAUGAGGACACCGGAUCAGGGUCUGGUGCACUAUUGUGCCGGCACUGUGAUCAACGAGCACUGGAUACUCACAGCCGCUCACUGCCUCAGCUCACCGCAGGCGGUGGCCAAUUCGGUAAUCGUUGCCGGCAGCCAUGACAUCCACAAUCGUCGUGGCGAGGCGGCCAGCGUUCAGAUGCGCAACAUCGAUUACUAUGUGCGCCACGAAUUGUACUUGGGCGGAGUGAAUCCCUACGACAUUGCGCUCAUCUACACCAAGAAGCCGCUCGAGUUCAAUGAGUAUGUGCAGGCGGCAGCGUUGCCCGAACAGGAUGCCCAACCCGAGGGCUAUGGCACGCUCUACGGCUGGGGCAAUGUCUCGAUGACAGCUGUGCCCGACUAUCCGCACAAGCUGCAGGAGGCGAAUAUGCCCAUUUUGGAUAUGACGCUCUGUGAGCAGAUUCUCGCACGUUCCGGCCUCCAGUUGCACGAGACGAAUCUCUGCACUGGGCCACUCACUGGAGGAGUCAGCAUCUGCACCGCUGACUCGGGAGGACCCCUGAUGCAGGAGUGCUGCGAACCGCAUCUGGAUCAAAGCAACAUUGUCAUCGGCAUCGUGUCCUGGGGACGCAUGCCAUGUGGCCAGAAGAACGCGCCCUCUGUGUUUGUGCGCGUCUCGGCGUUCACCGAUUGGAUCAAUCAGAUCAUCACCACUGCCACACAAUUCAUGUAAAGAAGAAAACAACUCUAGGACGGAUACAGUUCCUGAUCGCAGCUCGAAUUAAGCAAAAAUCGAAAAAAAAACAACAAAAUUAAAUGAUAACCUCAAAGAAAAACAAAACCAAAAAUAACUUAUUAAAGCUAAUCUCAGUAGAAUUAAGUAAUAAACUUAUAUAAA